AUGCUGCUCUCCUCCCUCGCCCUCCUCUUCUUGCCUCUCAUUUCAGCCGCCGCCCCGCGCUCGUCCGAUUGUUUACUCUCCGGCACAGAACGCGCCAUCAAUGAGAUAUUCGCAACGGGUGGAGAAGGGGCGACGGUCACAUUAUGCCCGGGGUCCGUACACAGGCUGAAUGCGUCCGUCCAGUUUACUGCGCCCAGUCAAACCAUCACGACUCUCGGGAAUCCGAAGGACAGAGAAAGAGCCAUGCUGCUAGUAGACGGGCCUGAUCUAGCAGUUGCUAUCCAUGCGGACUGCCAGAGGUGUUCCUUUGCGAUGAUACGUUCUAUCAUCAUUGACGGCAAUCGACCACAGCUGCUGAGAAUCCCCAAAGGCGAGGCCUUGGUGGAGAUUGGAAAUGCAGAGAGCCAGACAGUCAAGGACUGUAAGCUAUACGAGCCCAGGGGUUGGAGCACACUGCAUUUCAGAGAAGGGGAUUCGAAGCAGUGUCGAUUCGGACACAUUGUAGACAAUGAAAUCGGACCAUGUGGUGAAGAGUGGGACGACGAUUACGAUGGUAUGGACGAGGUGAACCCUCCAUGGGGCAACCCUCGAGCCGAUGGGAUCAGUCUAGCCUGCAAGGACUCUAUCGUCGAGCGCAACGUGGUAUACGAUGCGACCGACGGUGCCAUCGUUAUCUUUGGCUCGGCCAAUUCUGUGGUGAAGAACAAUCACAUCUACUCUCGCACGCGAGUCAUCUUGGGAGGAAUCAACCUUGUCGAUUACGAGCCUUGGGAAGGCGAUUACACUGGCGUCACCGUACACAACAACCACCUUCAUGCCUUGGGACGCUACUUCAAGGUUGGCAUUGUAAUUGGCCCUGCCUCAUGGUCGGACGAUACCGAGAGUGUGGUGAGGGGCGCGGUGGUGACGAACAACAGGUUCUAUGGGCAAUACUGGGGAUACGGACUGGUUGUAGCUUCCGCAAAAGACUUUGAGGUCAUGGGAAAUAAGGUGAUCAAUGGCAACGAGGGCGAAGCCAAGUUCAGUGGUGUCCCUGGGAGCAGAUGCCCCAAGGCUCCUGAGAAUGGAAAGCCAACUGCCUUCCUGAUCAACAGGGGUAGCGCCAAGGGAACUUUCCAGGACGAUUUCGUUAACGGGGAAGUGCAACACAUCAUCUGUCUGAAUCCCGAUGAGAAGUACAAGCCUUGGAGGUUCCGAGACUCGCCUGAGGCUCUGGCUGCCAACAUUGCCAACAACCCUCUUGCUAACGCCGCUAUCGACUCUCGUAUAGCAGAAGCCCUUGUUAGCUAUCAAAUGUCUCUCCUUUCUUCCAUGUCUGGCAUCAAUCAGAAGAUCGAGCGCCUCACCACCCCCAUUGACCCUCUCGACGCGCAACCCGUCCAUGAGCACGAACGUGCGACCCUUGCGGCGGAAGUUGAGAAACAGAGGAGGGAGAAAGAGAAGAGUAGCGGCAACAAGGACGUGGACGAGCUGAUCAGGAAGCUUGAGGAGCUGGAGAAGGGAGGGAGGAAGAUGAAGAAGACGUUGGAUGGCGUCAAGGUCGAUUUUGAGGGGCUGGCAGGAAGGUUGAGAAAGAACGCCGACGAACACAAACCCAUAAUCGAGCAGAUCUUCCUCCACGCCCAAACACUGCUUUUAGGCUCAACACCCUUGUCAACAUCACAACAAAAGCUGUUUCGUAGUGGACGUGGUAUGAGUAUGGGUAUCCGGGGCGAGGGAUACACUCCUCUCGGCGUGUUGGGGGGUUUGUUGGGCGCUGGUGCUAUCGGUCUCGCCGCCCGAGGGCUGAUAAAAAGAUGGAGAAGUGAGAAUAAGGGUAACAAACUUUACUGA